AUGUUCGGCUACGACAAUGCGCUGCACCACGUCGCCAAGUUCUUCAUCAUCAUGCAAGUGAUCGAGGCCUUCAACCAGAACGGACUCUACUUCCUCCUCUUCGCCCUCUGCCUCGAUGCGGACUCCAUCCCAGAGACGACGCGCUUCGUCGCCGGCAGGCGCGCGAAGACGGAGACGUACUCGGCAAAGUACAUCUACACGUGGGUCCUGCUGCUCGGCAUGUGGCUGCUCGUUGUGGCGCUCAAGAUCUACUUCACGAUGCUCUUCCUCUGGCUGAUCCCCCUCCUCGUCCUCGUCUACGGCACCGCCCUCCACGCCUACCCGUACUUGUUCGCCGGCGUGGCCGCCUGUCCGCCGCACGCGGGGCCCGCCGUCGAGAUGGCGGGCAUCUGCACCCUCCUCGCCUUCCUGCUCGUCUUUUGCGGCUACCGCGCCUGCUGGCUAUUCCCGUGCCCGGCUGGAUCUUCUUCCCGCCAAACGAGCCGCCCGACAACCCCAUCCGGGGCGACGUCGACCUCCAGGCCUUCCGCAUCUUGCUCGACCACCUGGGCAAGCCCUGGCCGGAGGACUGCGUCUGGGAGCCGCCCGGCUGGACGCCCGUGCGCGGGCCGCGGCUACCGGAGGUCCUGUGCUCAAAGUGCCAGAGGUGAUUCACAGACCUUGUUAUUGAGAAGAAAAUACCUCCUACCUAGAUGUACGGCUUUGUGUGUCGCUUCCAUUCACACAUGCUCAUGCAAGUCCGUGACCAUGUGGGUAAAGCCGUAGGUCUACAGUGUAUAAAGUGUAUGUACCGU